AUCGCUGCCGCAGCCGCCAGCGCGCGGGGGAUGACCUGGGGGUGGCUUUCGGAGCCGGCUGCCGCGCAGGAGGUCUGGAGGCUUAGUCAGCCCGGCGGAGAGUGAGCCAAGGCCUGAGUUUUGCUCUGGAAGUCUGUCCGUCCUUCUGUAAUUCGGAGCUAUGCAUUCAGAUCCUGGACCUUCAUGGAUGCAGCUGUUUCUCACUCUUAUGAUGCUGUGCUCUUCGGUGAGCUCAGACUUGGCACCUUAUUUUAUUUCCGAGCCCCUCUCUGCUAUCCAGAAACUUGGUGGACCUGUGGUACUUCAUUGUUCUGCCAAACCUGUGACCGCUCAUAUCUCAUGGUUGCAUGAUGGAAAAAGACUGGAUAGAAACACGGAACAUAUGCAGAUUCAUCGGGGGACUUUGACGAUUUCUUCCCUCAGCCCCCCCCUUUUGGGUUCCUACCAAUGCAUUGCCAACAACAGUGUCGGUGCAGUUGUGAGUGGCCCCGCAAAGGUAUCCACUGCAAUUCUUGGUGAUUUUGGUUCAUCCACAAACCAUGUUAUUACAGCAGAAGAAAAAAGUACUGGUUUUAUUGGCUGUAGGUUACCGGAGAGUAACCCCAAAGCUGAGGUGCGCUAUAAAAUCCGGGGAAAAUGGCUGAAACAUUCCACAGAGAAUUACUUGAUCCUUCCAUCAGGGAACCUUCAGAUUUUGAAUGUAUCCUUAGAGGACAAGGGAUCAUACAAAUGUGCAGUUUAUAAUCCUGUCACACAUGAAUUAAAAGUUGAACCUAUUGGCCACAAGCUGCUUGUUAGUCGCCUUUCUACAGAUAAUUUUCACAUACUUCACCCCACCCUUUCACAGGCAUGGGCUGUUCUUUCCCACAGUCCUGUGACCUUGGAAUGUGUGGUGAGUGGGGUCUCAGCUUCUCAGGUGCAUUGGCUGAAGAAUGGGCUGGCUGUUGCUCCCGGAGGCAGCUGGAGAAGGUUGUAUUCCCAUCUUGCCACAGACAGCAUUGACCCAGCGGACUCUGGAAACUAUUCUUGUGUGGUAGGAAAUGAGUCUGGAGACGUGAAACAAGUGACUUAUGUGAUUAAUGUACUUGAACAUGCUUCAAUUUCUAAAGGACUGCAGGACCAGAUUGUGCCUCUAGGUACCACAGUACACUUCACCUGUGAUGUUCGUGGGAACUCAGUCCCCAACCUUACCUGGUUCCAUAAUGCUCAGCCUGUUCAUCCUGCCCCACGACAUCUAACUGCAGGAAACAGGCUGAAAAUUAGUGGCAUCACUGCAGAAGAUAGUGGGCUGUAUCAGUGUGUAGCAGAUAACGGGAUUGGAUUUAUGCAGUCUACUGGAAGACUUGAAAUUCAAAAAGACAAUGAAUUCCAGCCAGUUAUAAUUACAGUGCCAGCUAGUGCAAAGGUGGCCGGUGGAGACUUUGUCACUUUGUCCUGCAAUGCCACAGGGGUGCCAGUGCCAGUCAUCCGCUGGUAUGACGCCUGUGGAUUGAUAUCCAGCUGUCCUUCUCAUGUCCUUAGAUCUAAAUCCCAGAAAUCACACUUAGUGGGACCAGGGGGCUCACACCUGGAGCCUGUCCCUGUCGCCCUGUCCUGGGCUGGUUCCAGCACUCUCUACAUUCAGGCUGUUGCCCAGGAGCAUGCUGGGAAGUAUGUGUGUGAGGCUGCGAAUGAGCAUGGCACUGCACGGUCUGAAGUGCUCCUUAUGGCUGUACCUUUUGAAGCAAAUACAAAACCAGAAGCAGUCACACCUUAUGACACCACUCAGAAUGAUGAGAGAGGUAGAAGAGAUGGUUUAGAAACUGGAUUAUUAAGCUCAGUUCCAGUGAAGACAUACUCCAGGGCAACAGGCUCGUCUUCUGAGAAGAGUGCUAGUGCCACCUCUGUCCCUGAUGCUCCCAUCAUACUGAGCCCCCCACAGACCCACACACCAGACACGUACAACCUGGUGUGGAGGGCAGGAAAGGAUGGUGAGCUGCCCAUCAAUGCCUAUUUUGUGAAGUAUCGAAAGCUGGACGAUGGGGCCGGUAUGGUGGGAAGCUGGCACACAGUUCGAGUCCCAGGAAGUGAAAACGAGCUUCACCUAACUGAACUGGAGCCGUCGAGUCUUUAUGAAGUCUUAAUGGUAGCAAGAAAUGCAGCUGGCGAAGGACAGCCUGCCAUGCUCACCUUUCGGACCAGCAAAGAGAAAACAGCAUCAUCAAAAAACACGCAGGUGUCCUCUCCACCUAUGGGCAUCCCUAAGCACCCUGCUGUUUCAGAGGCUGCAAACAGCAACUUUGGAGUGGUACUCACAGAUUCAUCCAGGUACAGUGGAGUUCCAGAGGCACCAGAUCGGCCUACUGUCUCCACAGCAUCAGAGACAUCAGUCUAUGUCACUUGGAUUCCACGGGCAAAUGGGGGCUCUCCAAUCACUGCCUUCAAGGUUGAAUACAAACGCAUGAGGACUAGUGCCUGGCUGGUGGCAGCUGAAGACAUUCCUCCUUCUAAACUUUCUGUGGAAGUUCGAAGUUUAGAACCAGGUUCAACAUACAAAUUUAGGGUCAUUGCCAUCAACCAUUAUGGUGAGAGUUUUCGGAGCUCAGCGUCUCGUCCUUACCAGGUGGCUGGGUUCCCCAACCGUUUCUCCAACCGUCCAAUAGCUGGGCCUCACAUUGCAUAUACAGAGGCCGUCAGUGACACUCAGAUCAUGCUAAAGUGGACAUACAUUCCAUCAAGUAACAAUAACACUCCUAUUCAAGGAUUUUAUAUCUAUUACCGACCAACAGAUAGUGACAAUGACAGUGAUUACAAGAGAGAUGUUGUAGAAGGUUCAAAGCAGUGGCACCUGAUUGGCCACUUGCAGCCAGAGACGUCCUAUGACAUUAAAAUGCAGUGCUUCAAUGAAGGAGGGGAGAGCGAGUUCAGCAAUGUGAUGAUCUGCGAGACCAAAGUGAAACGUGUUCCUGGAGCUUCUGAGUAUCCUGUCAAAGACUUGAGCACCCCUCCAAACUCCUCAGGAAGUGGAGGGAACGUUGGGCCUGCGACCAGCCCUGCCAGAGGCAGUGACAUGCUGUACCUGGUCGUGGGCUGUGUGCUCGGUGUCAUGGUCCUCAUUCUCAUGGCUUUCAUUGCCAUGUGCUUGUGGAGGAAUCGCCAGCAGAACACUAUACAGAAAUAUGACCCACCAAGAUAUCUCUACCAAGGGUCUGAUAUUAAUGGGCAGGUGGUGGAGUACACCGCUCUCUCGGGAGCAAACCGGAUAAAUGGGAAUGCUCAUGGAUGCUUCCUGAGCAGUGGUGGUCUCAGCAAUGGCUGCUCACAUCUGCACCGGAAGAUCGCAGGUGGGGUCAAUGGCCUUGUGAAUGCAAGCUUGAAUGGAGGACUUUACUCUGGGCACACCAACUCUGUAACCAGGACACACAUGGAUUUUGAACAUCCUCACCAUCUGGUAAAUGGUGGUGGAGUGUGCAUGGCAGUGCCUCCAAUGGACCCCCUGGAGUGUGUGAGCUGUCGCAACUGUCGGAACAACAACAGGUGUUUCACCAAAACCAAUGGCACUGUCAGCAGCAGCCCUCUUCCUACAGCCCCUGUGGCAGCAUCUUAUCCUCAGGAUGGUUUGGAAAUGAAGCCCCUCAGUCACGUGACGAUGUCUGUGUGCCUGGCGUCCACAGUCGCUGACUCUGGCCGUCUGCCUGAGGAGGGCAUUGAGGGCAGUGUGGCCCUAGCAUCUGCUCAGCACACUUGCUGUCAGGACAGUGUUACUGACGUUGACUCCGGCUGCACAGAAGGCACGGCAGAGCUGAGCAGAGGAGAUAGCUAUGUCCCUUUAGGGACAGAAGACAAAACUUUAUGUUGGAACCCUCUCAUUUUGCCACCUGUCUCCGAGGACUGUGCUGAGAAGAUGAUGUGUCCUCCUGGUGUUCUUUCAGACAGCUCAGCAGGGGCCCUUCAUUAGCCCCAGGAGACCUGAACACGUGCACACGACUCAGCUUGUCUCUCCUUCAAGCCAGCACCUGCGCAAAACAGGCCUAGGAUGAACUGUACGAAAGACCUUAAACCAAAUGAGAGAAAAACAUUAUUUAUUUUUUUGUAGUAGUGCUGUCAUCUGAAUGUUUCUUCAAAUGUGUGCCCCUCUUAUUUAUGCCUUAAAAUUUUUCUUCCCUAUUCCUUCCUCCCCCUCAGUAGGAAAUGACCUUGUUUUACAUAGUUUUAAGUCAUCUGGAGAGCAGAGAGAUCAUUCUGUGCUUUCUAGGAGCCUUGGUGACACCAAGCAUUCCUCACACAAAGGGUCUCAUCUGUUGGCUGAUUCCACCAGGAGGGAGUUACAGGGCUGUUUAAAGUUUACCACCAGGCAGGCUUUCUGAUGGAAAACUAACUGUUAAUACUGUGUUAUCAGGACAUUGUGAAAUCAACCACAGUUGUGACCUAAUGUUCAUAGUAGCAGAUCUGGCUGAUGAAUUUUAUGAGUGCCUUUCACAAAAGUGACAGUAUGACCUUUUACCUUUCUGUGCACGAGCACAAGUCAUGUCCAAACUUCUUGGCACUAGUUAUAAGCAGCAUUGUUGAUGUGGUUGGGUGAAAGAUCCUAUAUAAGCGUAUCACGAUUCUUUUCCCUGUGCCCAUGUAUUUUAUAAUAGAACUGCCAGUGAGAAUGUGCUUCUUUAUGCUGGUCACUAUACAGGAGCCACUUUCAGUAGAAUGUAGCAGAAUUACUGCAAUCUAGCUGAAUUAUUCCAGCCUGCAGAAAGAGAACCAAGGCCAAAGAGACAGAUAAUGCAUCAAUGUCCCACCACUUUAAAAUGACAUUAAUUCAUGAAGUACACACCAUCGGGCCCCUUUUGACUAUUUCUACGAGUAAGAACAAAUCAAGACUUUUUAAGUGGUGGCUUGAAGAGAAAGAUACACAAUUUUGGAAGAAAGAGAAGGGCUCUGAGGAGCCUGUCUUGCUGGAAGACCUUCAGUCUGUUACGUGAGUAUAGGGCAUGCUCCUGGCACCACAUUACCUAGAAAUAGCUAUUUUCUAACUUCCAAUGUGGGCAACAAUGGAAAGAUGUGAGUGUCAGAAGAGACUAAAUUGGGAAGAAUUUUAAUUGCUUGACAUUUUUCCCCCCAGAAUGUCAUUGAUAUAAACAGGCACUUAAAACUUGGAUCAUCAAGGCUCAUACAUCAUGGUCACUGUCCCUCUAGGUGACAGGGUCAUUUGCAGCUGUCUUAGGAAGGCUUUUCUUCACGUUAAACACAUACACACUAAAUGAGUUUCAUGGCCUGAGUCAAGCUUUAAUGCAUACUUGCCUCCUUCUGGGUUGUGUAGCCCUUUGAGGAAAGAAAUAGAAAAUUAUUCUCUGGCAGUUCCCGCAUAAAUGAAGACAUUUCACAGUUUCCCAGAAACUGCAGUGGCAUAGAAUAGCAUGCUGUGUUAAUCACCUUCUUAUAUAAGUGCAUCAGGAUUCUCUCCCCUGUGUCCAUGUAUUUUAUAAUAGAACUGCCAGUGAGAAUGUGCUUGUUUACACUGGUCACUGUGUAGGAGCCACUUCCUGUAGAGUCCCCAGACACAACUUCAUAGCUGGAUGUUAGAGGUGCCAUGGAAACAGCUUCUACAUCCCAGAUGUCUGUGCUUGUGGUGUCCUGGAUCAUGUUGUUUAGAUGCAGUUUGCUUUGGAGCAGGAUAACUGCAUUCCUUCUUCCUACACUAGCAAAGGACAAAGUCCUGCAUACAGAAUAUGAAAACAUACUCUGUUUGCCAGUCUUCUUACAGCAAUACUGUCACAAAGGGAGUUUUUGAAAACUGAAGCAUUAAUGUCUAUAGAUAGUCAUUUUCUUUCAGGAAACAGGUGUAUUAGCACGAGCCUUAGGUCAUAAACUGCUUUUAAAGAUUGAAUUUGAAUAUGGAGUUUGUCCACAAGGAAGAGAAAAUGGCUUUGCCUUCAGGACAGUCUCAUUGUGGAACUGCUUUAUUUAUAUUAUU